AUGUCUUCUUCAAAUGAUGAAUUUAAUAAUGAAAUUGUUAAACCUGAAUUGGAACAUAUUCCUACACCAUCAACAUCAACAACUACUAAUAAAUCACCAAGAGAAGAUAUUUUACCGCCAUCAAAUUUAACAGAUAUUGAAUCAUUUGAUGAAGAAUCUCAUCAGCUUCAUCAACAGAAUCACAAUCUUAAAGUGUUAACUCAAGAGAACUCUAACAGUUCUUCAUCAUCGAUAAAUAACCGAAUCACAAUUAAUUUAAGAAAUCUUAAUCACUCAGAUUCUAAUCUUAAAUUAAACAAAUUUCAUAAUAAACGUGAAUCUGUUCUUUCUACAUUUUCACAAUAUAGUGGCAAGGUUGAAACUCAAGCUGCUGUUCCAGUGACUUUGAGUAGACAAGAUUCAACCAGAAUCAAACAUAUAAAACCACAACAGGAAGAUGAAGAAGAACCAAUUGAAAACGAUGAAGAUGGAUCUUCUGAUUAUGCUCUAUCAAUAGACACCAAUGAUAUAAUAGGAGAUGAAUGUUCAAUAAUAAUGGGAAAAUUACCUACUAAAUCUAAAAAUGAUGAUAUUCUCAUACCCACUAAAUCAUUCAAUACAAAUAUAGAAGGUGCUAUACCUGCCAGAUCACCAAAUAGACCAAAAUCGAUGGUAUAUUCUACUAACACAAAGAGACAAAGUAUGAUUAAUGAUGAUUUAGAUAAAUUGAUGCUUGAUGCUUCUUCAUUAAAUUCUAAAAAUUUUGAAGAACAAGAACAGAAUGAGAAAGAAGAUAUAGUUUCACCACAAAUAUUACCUAAGAGGAGACAACAAAGUCAUUCAUCUUCUAUAUUACCACCUAGACCAAGUCAAGACUCAAUUAGAAAAGCAAGAGAAAUUUCAGAAUCAAUAAAGAAACAACAAGAACAAGAUCAACAAGUUGUAGAAAAUGAUGACGAUUAUUACGAUAUUGAAGAGAUAAAACCACAACAACAGCAAACUCCAAAAAGAGCACUUUCAAAGAGGAAGAGAAACAAGGGUAAGAAAAAUGAACUUAAGCCAUUCAGUUAUAAUACGUUAAUUUCACUUUUGGAAUCCAUGAAUGGAACUAUAAUCGGUGAAGAAUUUAAUCAGCUAGCUAUACCAAUUAAAGAAAAACAAUUGAUUGAAAAAAUAAUUGAUUCAUUAAGUAGAUUAACUUCAGAUAUGAUAUUAGAUCAACAAAGAUACGAUAUUGGAAUUACAAGAUUAGAGAAAGCAAUUAGAGUAUUGGAAGGAUUUAUGUGA